GAGGCCCCCACCCGCCCGCUUGCCCUCCCCUCCAGCUGAGCAGCGCUAGCUAAGCCGAGAGAGCUGCAGGCAGCUCAUGUGAGCCCCGCUCCUUCCGCCGCCACUCGCCAUGGGUGAGGCCGCCUUCUCCGUGGACUUGCCGGCCCAGCCUGCCAGCGAGGAGCAAAGGCCAGCGGGCAGGCCGCACAUCUGCUGCGUCCCUCCUCCGCGGGCCCCCACCUGCUUCAGCCGGAGUCCCCGCCUGGCCAAAGCAAAACCCAGAGGGGGAGCCGCGGCCGGGGGCCAGCUCCACCCCAGCAGCCUGCGCCGAGAGGAGCUGGAAGACACCAAGCCCCAGGAGCUGCCCAACGACCGAGCAAGUCCCGCUCCCGAGGGCGGCUGGGUGAGCGCGGACGAGUCCUCCGGGUACGAGAGCGAAAGCGCCGCCUCCUGCAUCCCCUCGUCGCCGGGGGAGGACGAGCCCCAACAGCGCAGGGCGCGGACCGCCUUCACCCCGGAGCAGGUCGGCAAGCUGGAGAAAACCUUCAAGCGGCAGAAGUACGUGGGGGCGGCGGAGAGGAGGAAGCUGGCGGCCGCUCUUCAGCUGUCGGAGAUUCAGGUCAAAACCUGGUUCCAGAAUCGCAGGAUGAAAUUUAAGAGGCAAAUACAAGACCACCAUCAUAAUCUCAUAUCUUCAGAUCCCUUCUAUGGCUAUAAGCAAGGGACCCCACCAAAUAUGUUACAGGAUUAUUCCCACUAUCCUAGUCCACAGCAACAAAGACUUCUGCCUUUUACUCCUAAUUGUGCUUUACAGUUCAACUCUUCCUUUCAAAUAUAUGAGGCCCCGAACCCAUCAUACCCCCUUAGGGCACAUGAUCUGCCUUUUUUUCACCAACACUUUCUACCACAAUUCUCUGUCCAUCCAGUUAUACAGAACAAAAUGGACAACAAACAAUUUAAUCCUCUUCAAACAUUAUAACUGAAGCAAAGUGGAAGAUAUGAGAGAGGUAUAAUAUAAUACACUAUAUAUGAUUCAACUGUAUGUAAAAUAUUUGUCUGAUGUAGAAGUGUAUAUUUUUAAUAUAAAGUUUAAAUAUAAAGGUUCAUACCUAAAUUAAGUAUAAUUGUAUUUAAUUGAGUUUGAAUGCUUUUAGAGGCACUCUGGUCCUAAUUCUUGGGUUUAUACCCAACCUAUGUAAUUUGAAGGUUACUGAUUUGAAGGAUUCUGACAGAUUAUGCUAUCUUCCUUUAGUGUGUGGAUGCUUAAAAGGAUCUUUAGCUAUAAAUUCCAUAUUGACAAUUAGUUUGUCCAUAGGAGGAGAAUUCCACUGGAACUACUGCUGGCACUGGUGAGAACCCUAAUGUACAUGUGCUGAACACAAAUUGUUUAUGGGUUUGGUCAUGCAGCCUUGUCUACACUAGGAUUCCCUCCAUGUAGGCAAGGCUGAGAUAAAAUUCGUUGUUGUAGAGGGUCACAACCUACCCCUGGAGUCCUAUACUUUAAAAUAUUAUGCAAACAUUUAACCUAUAGCAAAACCUUAUCAACUGUGAAGAAACCAUCAAUCUGGAGGCAUUGUUAUUGUAAUGUUCAUCUAAUAGUUUUUCCUGUGUAUAUGCAGCACAGAAACCAGACACAAUUAGGUUUCAGGUUUGCUAAUUGUUGGUUGGGUAGUACUUAUAAUCAGAAAGCUGGCAACUGGCUUCUGAUGAGAUGAUACACAUAGAACGUCCAGUUAGGAGCAGGAAAGGAUGACAAGACCAUUUAUAAACUUAGUUCCAAUGUACCACAUAAUCCUGAGUUGGCAGUUAUGCAAUUUGUGACUUUUGCCCAUGUCCACUUUUCCUAUUCUCAUCCAAGUGUUUGCUGGCCUGUUUUUACAGCCAGUGAAAAUUAAAACUUAUACACUAUUUAAAGAGUAGAAUCAUAAAAUGUACUUGUUUUGUGACCUCAGUACUGCAUAGUGCUUCUAUAAUAGGAUUCUCUGUAAAUUUAUGGGGGGUAGGAGGGUUGUUUUGUGAACAUAAAUUACUGUUUUACACUUCCAUUGCAUCUUCCACCCAAGAACCUCAAAAUGUUCUACAAAUGUAGAACAUAGAAUAGUUGCACUGAUCAAUUGACAAAUGAUUUAUAUUGAUUUAACUAAAUUGGUAAUUUACUGAAUUAAACUACAGUGCUAUAAACAACUUCUAAAUAAAUGUGUGUGUGUGUGUGUGUGCUCACACAGGCUUUAUCCAUUUAAAUCAAUUACAAAACAGUGGAAAUGGUGCAACUUUUUUGUGUACUGACAAGCUCAGGAGAUAGGUAAAUAUUUGUUACUAUUUCUCCUAUAGGGCAAAAAUGAGAUAUAGAUGCUGGGAUUUGCUUCCAAUUGACUUCAGCGGAAAUUGCUCAGUACUUAGCACUCUUAAAAUUAGCCUAUUUAGGAACUAAAUUGGGAUUUUGGAGCAUAACAUAUAUUCUUGAAAGUCUUUGCCUUAAAGUAUGACUAAAAUCCCUUUUUAAAUUAAUUUUAAUUUAAAAAUCUGGCACAAGGACUUGACAGAGCACUAUUGCAUGUUCCAUGUAACUUUUGUAGCUGUACUCAUUUCCUCCUGAAAUAACGUUUUGAACUGACUAAUCUUGGUUGUAUGGAGGAAAUUCGAGAUCAGAGCCCCCUGCUUCUGUGCUAAGGCAUCAACAGAGCCACAAUGAGUAUGUCUCUGCCUGUAGCAUGAAAUAGUUUAAUCUCAGGCCUGUAAUACUUCAGUCUAAUUCUGGCUGUUGGGCUUGGUAUG